GUUCUGGAACGUUCCCUAGAAGCCAGAAUGCCCCAUUGUCUGACGCCCUGGAGAUGCCAGGAAUGGGAGAUGGGUUGGCGGACCCCAUGCCUGGCCUUGGUGGCGGUUCUGAUCCUGGGGCCGGGCCCCUCCUGGCUCUGCCUGCAGUGCGACCCCAAUUUCGCCCUCCGCUUCGCCUCCUACGCCCCCCACCUGAGCCGCAAGUCCUGGGGGCUGGGGGACGUCCCGGCUGCCGGGCGGAGGCUGCGGGGCUGGGCCCAGGACACCUUGGCGGAACUCAAGCUGGGGGUCCCGGCCGAGAUCCGUGAGUCGACUCCCAGGGUGCCGGAUGUGGCCCUCCAAACCUCCCGAUGUGGCCCUCGGGUCAGAGCACCUCCUAAGCAAUAACACCCCCUCUCUCCCCAUGGACGGGCCCCAUGUCAAAUAUGGGGAAAUUCAGGCUUGUGUGCCAGUGUGGCCCUCGAGACCUCUCCACCUGGCCCCUGGAAAUCUCCACAGGCCACUCCCCCUGGCGCCGGGCCCCGGCCCCCGUGCCCUCAUUUGCCCAGCUGGGUCUGCAGCCUUCUUACAUCCCUUGCACCGCCCACUGUUGCCCCUGAAAUGCGGCCCUGGGAAGGCCAGCUUGAAGGAAACGUGGCCCUUGAGCUGAAACAAAUAGGUUUCUCCCCACCUGCCACUUAGACAAAGGAAGACAAGGCUUUCCUGCACCGGGUUCACCUGUGGAACUCCCUUCCACAAGGUGUGGCGGUGACUAAAAACCAGGUUAUUCUUUUUUAUAAAAUCGAAAUGUCCCUUUGCCAAAAUUCGUGACCUGUUAGGAGCGCAGCCUUGCAUUUAAGGUCCAUGUGGACUGCAGCUUCCGGGGGGGCUUAUAAUUUUUUGUAUGCUCUCUCCCCACAUCCUGUCUUUUCCCCAUCUCUCCCCAUCUUGCACAGCGAUGGAGAAACUCCAGGCAAUAGCUACAGUCGUCUACGGGAAGCUGGACACCCUCUUCAAAGGCAACACUUACAAGCCAGGUAAAUAGAUAUAAAUAUAGAUAUAUAGAAAGGGUCUGCCUUUAUCUGUUUGCCCGGAUUAGGAUGACCAUUUAUGGCAACUAGAAUCGCCCGGGGCUGCGAUUCCUCUGCAAAAGUCUGCAGAUGUUCCUCAUCACAGAACUGUAGAGUCGGAAGGGACCCCCAGAGGCAUCUAGUCCAACCCCCUACGAUGCACGAAUCUUUUGCCCAAUGUGGGGCUCGAAUUCACAACCCUGAGGUUAAGAUUCAUGCUCUACCAAGUUUAAAGACACACACACACAUGCUGCCGGGCCUCUCUCUCUCUUCUCCCCCCCAAAAGGUGGCCUUCCGGAAAUCCUGCGUUCCAUUUUCGAGGAACAAGUCAAAUUGCUACGGAAUGCCAUCAUCGAAAGUGAGUGUUCCCUCCUUCCGUCGUUUGGAGUUUAUUUCCUGGAUUAUACAUACCUGUGUUUUGUAGCAGGGCUUAGUUAAAAAGAGGCAUAUUAAGAAAGCAGGAUGGCUCUUUCACGCAGAAGCCCCUCUCUCAGGCCGGCUUGUGGGAAUGCCUCUUUCAAAAUGGUGGCCAACGGGAAUGCAUCGCCUCUGGAUAAAAAGCUAAAGCGUGUUAAUUCUAUUUUUGAAAGCAGUUGGUACCGUAUUAAGCAGUUGGUCCCUUCCCUUUCCCGCCCCGCCCUGGCCAUGGUGAUCCAUGCGACGGUCACCUCCAGGCUUGACUACUGUAAUUCGCUCUAUGCGGGGCUGCCCUUGAAGCUGACCCAGAAACUCCAGUGGGUGCAGAAUGCUGCAGCGAGGCUCCUCAGGGGGUCUCUGCCAUGGGAGCAUAUUCACCCAGUGCUUUACCAGUUGCACUGGCGCCUGGUGGAGUACAGGGUCAGGUUCAAGGUGCUGGUUUUUACCUUUAAAGCCCUUCAUGGCCUAGGACCCUCGUACCUACGGGACCGCCUCUCCCGGUAUGCCCCACAGAGAGCCUCAAGGUCCAUAAAUAGCAACACCCUAGAGUCCCAAGUCACAAGAUUGGUCUCAACUAGGGCCAGGGCCUUUUCAGCACUGGCCCCGACUUGGUGGAACGCUCUGUCCCAAGAGACUAGGGCCCUGCGGGACUUGAGAUCUUUCCGCAGGGCCUGCAAGACAGAGCUUUUCCGCCUGGCCUUUGGUCUGGACUCAGUCUGACCCUUAUGUUUCCCUCCCCUUAUGGUUUUGAUCUAUGGGCUACUUUUAAAAUGAGGCUGCAUUUUAAAUUACAUUUUAACCUGUAUUCUAAAUUGGUUCCCCCCCCCUAUUAUGUUUUUACUGUAAUUUUAUUGGUGUUAGCCGCCCUGAGCCCGGCUCUGGCCAGGGAGGGCGGGGUAUAAAUAAAAUUUAUUAUUAUUAUUAUUAUUACUUUGGAAAUGCAUGUAAUAUUGAGCAGCAAAUAAGGCUGGGUAGGGAAACAUCAAGGCCGUGGGAGUCGGUGUGUAAAUUUGUAUUAAAUUAUAAUCAAUUUGAUGUUCGGUUGUUAAAAUUUUUGAAGAGCAAUAGCAAGUGAAUUGGCAAAACAAAGAGGGAUGCCACCUUGAACAGGCAGCCGAUGGAAGUGCGGGAAUGUCUCAUCGAAAAGUUCAGCUCUUGGGAAUCCCUCUUCUAAUACGGCAGCCAGUGAUAGAUAGAUAGAUAGAUAGAUAGAUAGAUAGAUAGAUAAUUUAUUACAAUCAAAGACCAGCUCACAUAACAUAACACAAUAAAAACAGCGUUCAUAAAGAUAAAAUAUACAGUUGGAGCAGAUUGCAGCAAUAGCUCAUGACUUAAAAUUGAGAUAUAUACAUAUACCUGUACAACUGAGAUUUGGGCUACCACAAAAAAUUGACCCUGAGGCGCCCCAAAGGGCGACUUCAGCAUUUCCCCAGUAAGCUAUUUUAUUCUAGAGGAUGAUCUGUGCCUACAAAUCUGGGCGCAGAAUCUGGCUACCAGCCAGGUCGUCUUGUGAUCUUUGCCUAAGAGGAGAGAAUGAUGUUUAGACAUGUCUGAAAGAUCGGCGAGCCCCUUCAGCAAAGGAUCAAUGGUGUCUCUGCGAAUCUCAACAUAUAUCUAAAAAAUAUAUGUUCGAGGCUUCCUAUUUCCCCUAAUGGGCAGGCGCAAAGUCUCUGUGCGUACGGGACUCUUCUAUAGGAGCCUUCCAGAACCGGUGAGGGCAAGGCUGAGCUUCUAGCAAGAGUGAAAGCCCUUCUUGCAUUUCUGGAUGUGAGGCAAUAGAGAUAUGUUGCUGGAGGGGCUACGUAUCUCCCGUUUUCUAUGAAUUUAUAAUCGGGGACCCUUGUACAGUCUUGUUGUCUCUCUAUGUCCAGGAUUCUUUGCCUAACCACGGAUCUAGCUUGGCCCAAGCCCAUAGUUAUGAGGGUUUGGGGAGCAGGGUCCAGUUUCUGAAGAGUGUUUAAGAUUGCUGUCUGCCAGCCAGACUGAAACUGGUCGCUAAGAAUCGAUGGGGCUAUUCCUCGGGAGAGCAGUUUCAGAGUUAGCCACUUACCGUAUUUUUCGCUCUAUAGGACGCACUUUUUCCCCUCCAAAAAUUAAGGGGAAAUGUGUGUGUGUCCUAUAGAGUGAAUGCAGGCUCCUUGGCUUCAGCGAUAGCAACACGAAGCCCCCGAAGCGCAGAGGGAGCGCUCCCUCUGCGCUCCGGAGGCUUCGCAUUGCUUUCGCUGAAGCCUGGAGAGCGAGAGGGGUCGGGGCACACAGACCCCACUCGCUCGCCAGGCUUCAGGGAUAGCCGUCUGAAGCCUUCAGAGUGCAGCGCAAGUUCCCGCUGCGCUCCAAAGGCUUCAGGUUCCUUUCGCUGAAGCCAAGAGAGCAAGACUCUCCCGGCUUCAGCAGAGAGGGAGAGCUGCUCAGCGCCCCUUCAGCCAAGCGGGAGGAGAAAUGGAAGGGGCUCCGUUUCUCCUGCCGCUUUGUUGAAGGGGCGCUGAGCAGAGAGGGGGAGAAUUUUUUCCCCCUUGUUCUCCCCCUCUAAAACAAGGUGCGUCCUACGGUCCGGUGUGUCCUAUAGAGCGAAAAAUACGGUAUAUAUUGAUGUUAGACUGAUAUGAGCUUUGAUUUUCAUCAUGCCUGUUUCUAGUCUGACAUGGCAGCUAGUGGGAAGAACCCUUCUCAACUGACAGCUUGUGGGAAACUUUUUUCUUUUUGUAUAACUUUUAUUAAUUUUCCAAAUUUUAACAAUUACUGCAUACAAUGCCGUUACAUAACAACCAUUGUAUCAUUUGCUCUUGCAGAGCUUUCGACUUCCCUCCGUCCUUUUUCUGGUUUCCUUCUGCUACAUUUUAUUUUGCACAUUUAUAACAUCUCCAUCCUAUAUUUAUCUUGUCUUAACAUUCACUUUUGUCUUAAAUAGAAUGUUGAUUCUUCUUACGAAGCGAGUCUUAUCUCGGUCCUGCUAGUGUCUUUAUAUGUGUACAAUGAGUCUCUAUGUAUAGUAUAAAUUUAGUCCAUUCUUUCUGGAACACUUGAUCACCCUGGUUCUGGAUACGUCCCAUCAGCCUUGCCAUUUCCGCAUACUCCAUUGCCUUCGUCUGCCAUUCUUCUAUUGUUGGUCGCUCCUGCCGUUUCCACUUUUGGGCUAGUAAAAUUCUUGCCGCUGUUGCAGCAUACAUAAACAGUUUUUGAUCUAUUUUUGGUAUUUCCAGUCCAACCAUUCCUAAUAGAAAUGCUUCAGGUCUCUUUGGAAAGGUGUACCUGAACAUUUUUUUUUAACUUGUUAUAUAUAUAAUUCCAGAAGACUUUAACCUUGUCACAAGUCCGCUUGUGGGAAUGCAUUUCGGCAUAGUUUCAUAAUAAGCCAUUACUCCUUCGUUGGUAACACUGAUCCCAUCCAUUCAUGCAAAUAAUUAGGAGGAAUAAAUUUGUGUCAGGGGGUUAUUACUGAAUUUGCUUUUCAGUAGUUUCCUUUUGGGGGGUGGGUUUUGAGUAGUUUCUGCAUUUCUCUUUGGUUUGGGGUGGUUUGCUUGCUUUUCGAAAUUAUCAAUGACAAAAAACACAAUACCAUUGGAAGUGCAGAAAUUGAGAUCAACAGGGGAUGCAUAACUUCUGGGAACGCCUUGCAGAAAAUGAAUCAUAGCACUGAAGAGUUGGAAAGGGACCCCACUGGUCAUCUAGUCCAACCCGCUGCGAGGCAGGAAUCUCAGCUCCAGCACUGUUAAGUUGGUUGAAUGCAACCAGUUAAUCAACUGCAUGGCCGUGGCCCAAAUUUCAAUUAUUCUUGAGAGGGAACCCUACUGCCUAAAAACCGACUCACUUUCUCUCUCUCUCGCCUUUCCUUAGGUAGAGUGAAGUGUGAACGCCAUUGUGGUAAGUGGGCUUUUGUGGGGAGGUGCCAUCUUGAAUCACGGCAGUGCCUUUUGUGUGCCUGAACGGAGAGAGGGGAGCGUGUGUCGAGACCCUCUGACUUUUGUGGGGUCAAGAUGUGAGCCUGUGGGUUUGCCAGCAUCCAUGAUUGAAGGGUUAGCUGCAGGUAUGAGUGGUUUAUAUAGGGACGUGGGUGGCGCUGUGGGUUAAACCACAGAGCCUAGGACUUGCCGAUCAGAAGGUCGAUGGUUCGAAUUCCCGCGAUGGGGUGAGCUCCCGUUGCUCGGUCCCUGCUCCUGCCAACCUAGCAGUUCAAAAGCACAUCAAAGUGCAAGUAGAUAAAUAGGUACCGCUCCGGCGGAAAGGUAAACGGCGUUUCCGUGCGCUGCUCUGGUUCGCCAGAAGCGGCUUAGUCCUGCUGGCCACAUGACACGGAAGCUGUACGCCGGCUCCCUCGGCCAGUAGAACGAGAUGAGCACCGCAACCCCAGAGUCGGUCAUGACUGGACCUAAUGGACAAGGGUCCCUUUACCUUUUAUGAAGAAGAAGAAGAAGAGUUUGGAUUUGAUAUCCCACCUUUCACUCCCUUUAAGGAGUCUCAAAGCGGCUAACAUUCUCCUUUCCCUUCCUCCCCCACAACAAACACUCUGUGAGGUGAGUGGGGCUGAGAGACUUCAGAGAAGUGUGACUAGCCCAAGGUCACCCAGCAGCUGCAUGUGGAGGAGCGGAGACGCAAACCCGGUUCCCCAGAUUACGAGACUACCGCUCUUAACCACUACACCACACUGGCGGUUUGGCAGUGGUUUGGCAGCGAGGCGUGGGUGCUCGUGUGGUGGUUAGGCAUUGGUUCAAUGUGGAGUGGAGGAGAGGUUGUCACACCUGCCCCUCCAAUGCGCAAAGGUAUUCCAUUAAAGGAAUUCAGGGAUUUGCCAUGCUUUUGUCGACCCCUUUUGAGGGCUAGGGCCAUGCAAGAGUCCCUGGGAGCAUUUGGGAUGAGGUUGAGUCUCAUCCUGGUUCUUUGCUCCCCCACGAUGUUUACCUGUACUGACAAUAUGGUGGGGUCCAGUCGUCAGUGCUACCCUUCUCAGGUCAGGUGCAGCUAGUUGGGAACCAAUGCCUAGACAAACUACGCACUAUCGGUAAUCAAUACAGUUGUGGCCAAAAUUAUGCCAAUAACCUAAACGGUAGUUAAGAGGGUUGUUGAAUUGGGUGGCUUUGUGAUUUCACAUCCAAAUAUUACCUUCAAAGCCGUGGCCCUUUAUCGGGAUGCUGGGGUGCAUCUCUCCUCAUUGGGGAAUGACAUCUGGUUGGAUACGGUUACGUGGAAAUUGAAGGUUUGGUUGGGUAUGUGAGUGCUUUGGUGGCGAGUGUAAGGGCUUGAUUGGCGGUUAAAGGUAAAGGGACCCCUGACCAUUAGGUCCAGUCGUGUCCAACUACUAUUUAUCUACUUGCACUUUGACGUGCUUUCGAACUGCUAGGCUGGCAGGAGCAGGGACCGAGCAACGGGAACUCACCCCGUCGCGGGGAUUCGAACCGCUGACCUUCUGAUCGGCAAGUCCUAGGCUCUGUGGUUUAACCCACAGCGCCACCCACGUCCCCGAUUGGCGGUUAGGCAUUGGUUAAAACUAAAGGCUAGUGGCCCCUGGGUAAUGGCCUGCAAAGGAAAGCGGCCCCUCGGCUGAAAAAAAAACUGCCCCACCCUUCAAAACAUGGGUUUGGACUUUGCAUCGCAAAUGAUGCUCUGGUGUUUUAAUCUCUGAUGCAGAGGAAAUGGGUCUAUCUGUGGCACUGGAAGAUUCUGCACCACCAGCCUCAGCCAGCCCGCCACCUGCCUCCCAUCUUCCUCCUCCAGUCUCAGUGUUGCCCUCCUAGAACAGCAGGGAGGGAGAAGGAGAACAGGAAGGAAAGCAAACAGAGCCCUCUCUGCUUGUCAUUGGCUCUGGCGCCACCUGCUGUCAGGCUCCUGUCCUGAUCUACCUGCCUGAAGGAGGGCUUGCGGGAGUGGCUGGCACAGGGAUACCAAAGGAGGAUGUCAAAGACGUCCGCAUGGCCGUCUUUAUUUUAUUUAUUACAACUAAUCCAGAAUGCGGCUGCCAGACGGGUGAUGGGGAGGGGCCGCUGGGACCAUGCAACGCCAUCUGGGACCAUGCACUCCACCCAUCAGGAUGGGUUUCCCCAGCCACUCUGGGCAGUUUCCAACACAUAUAAAAACAUAAAACGUCAAGCAUUUAAAACUUCCCGAUACAGGGCUGCCUUCAGAUGUCCCCUAAAAUUUUAUAGUUGCUUAUCUCCUUGACAUCUGAUGGAAGGACAUUCCACAGGGAGGGUGCCAUCACCGAGAAGGCCCUCUGCCUGGUUCUCCGUAAUCUCACUUCUCACAGGGAGGGAACCACCAGAAGGCCCUUGGAGCUGGACCUCAGUGUCUGGGCUGAGUGAUGGAGGUAGAGACGCUCCUUCAGGUCUACUGGGCCGAGGCCAUUUAGGGCUUUGAAGGUCAGCACCAACACUAUGAAUCAUGCCCAGAAAUGCACUGGGAGCCAAUGUAGGUCUUUCACAGGCAUAGGCAAACUCGGCCCUCCAGAUGUUUUGGGACUACAACUCCCAUCAUCUCUGACCACUGGUCCUGUUAGUUAGGGAUGAUGGGAGUUGUAGUCCCAAAACAUCUGGAGGGCCGAGUUUGCCUAUGCCUGGUCUUUCAGGACUGGUGUUAUAUGGUCCCAGCAGCCGCUUCCAGUCACCAAUCUGGCUGCCAUAUUUGACGUCUUCUGUUUUUGUUUUACAGGAAUAAAGCAAUACGAAGCCGUUUCUUGCGUAACCUGCAAUGCCACCAAACCAGCUUGCUUUGGAUAUAAUUGCGAGUAAGAAGUCUCUCUCUCAUUUCCAUGUUAGAAAAAAUACAAUUACAAAUGGCAUAUCGGGGAGGCUGAUUCCCAUAGCAGAAAAGCUUCCAGGCCCUUUCCUGCAAUUAUUCUCCACUGUGUGAAAUCUAAGCCAGAGGUUCCCAAACAUUAUUUUUUUUGCGGGAGUGUGGGGAGUACGUCCCCUUGGUUCCACCAACUCAUUCCCGGGGGGAAAGCAGUAUUCAAAAUAGCAGUUUGCAAGGAAGAUAAUAACACAAUGAAACUCUAAAUCAGAAACAAUUAAAUUGCACAUUUAUUCAAAAUCCAAUUGGAACAAUUGAGUUUGAUUAAUUCAACAAAACUGAUUUCCUUAUCCAUUCUUCUUUGGCGGGAGCUUUUUCCUUCAAUUUUUGUGCAUUAAGAAAUCCUAGCUGCUCUCUUUACUUACAUAAACAGCUUAAUCAUCCUUUUUGAAACUUCUGUCCCUAUAAUCCCUAAGAGCAAAGCUUCACUUUUUUUGUAUAUCACUUUGAGCAUCUUUUUUAUCUCAUCAUAUAUCCUACCCCAAAAUACCCUUGGCUUUCUUACAAGUCCAGCAUCUACAUAUGGGGGGGAAAGCCCAAUUUGCUUGUUUACACUUCCAGCAGUUAGAACACCGUCCCACCAUCUCGUCCUCUGUCGUCCCCUUCUCCUUGGGCCCUCCAUCUUUCCCAACAUCAGGGUCUUUUCCAGGGAGUCUUCUCUUCUCAUGAGGUGGCCAAAGUCUUGGAGCCUCUGCUUCACGAUCUGUCCUUCCAGUGAGCACUCAGGACUGAUUUCCUUAAGAAUGGAUACGCUUGAUCUUCUUGCAGUCCAUGGGACUCUCAAGAGUCUCCUCCAGCACCAGAAUUCAAAAGCAUCAAUUCUUUGGCGAUCAGCCUUCUUUAUGGUCCAGCUCUCACUUCCAUACAUCACUACUGGGAAAACCAUGGCUUUAACUAUACGGACCUUUGUCGGCAAGGUGAUGUCUCUGCUUUUUAAGAUGCUGUCCAGGUUUGUCAUCACUUUUCUCCCAAGAAGCAGGCGUCUUUUAAUUUCGUGACUGCUGUCACCAUCUGCAGUGAUCAUGGAGCCCAAGAAAGUAAAAUCUCUCACUGCCUCCAUUUCUUCCCCUUCUAUUUGCCAGGAGGUGAUGGGACCAGUGGCCAUGAUCUUAGUUUGAUCUUCCAUUAAAAACUGCAAAAAAAGACGAUGAAUUGAAAGUGCAGACGAUGGACGUACCUUUCCCUCAUCUGUUUGUUUCAUAACACAAAAUAAGGGCAAGGUAACUGCAGCCAGACAGGUUAUAGCGAGUAAUUGGAAAAAAUCCAGAAGAGCUAGAGGUGAACCAAUGAAGGAAAAAAGUGAAGAAUAUUAUAAUUUUAGAAUAUCUAACUGUGAAGAUACACAGAAUGAAAGGGUUUGAGGUCAGUGAGAAAGAGGAAGAUUGGUUUGAGAAGAUAUUGAAUUAUUUGGGUAGGUCUGAACAAUGUGGGGCAAUUAAAAUGUUAAAAGUUCAAUAAACCUUGUGGAUGGAGGAGUGUUAACAUAUAUAAAAUUGUACAUAUGGUUGAUUUGAAUAUGUUGUUAUUGAUUAUGUAUACCCAAUGUAUCAGCCGCCUGGGGGGUUUCACUGUUUGUGUUUGGUUGUUGGUAAAAAAUUAAAAUUAAAAUAAAUAAUAUAAACUAAUAAUCAUAUUAAAAAACAGGGGAGACUGGUUCAUUAUGGCAAGUGGCUUCAGUCUGGCCCUGACACCCAGGAAGUCUCUCCAGCCACAACCCCACAUUCUGACCCCGAGUUUCUGUCCCCUGUUUCCGCCCCCCAGGUCCUCUGAAGACUGGGAAGACGCCUUGAAGGGCCUGUACGAGUACAUGUGAGUUCUCCAGGGGCUGUACAGGGUUAGGGGUGAUGGGCAGGCAUUUGGGAGGCAAGAAAGGGGAGCAAGCAGUCCCUGGUGAAGUUUCUAGUCCCUGUGUUCCUGGAGACAGGGUGAACGAAGCGAGACGGGGAGAGGGGCCACCUGGGACCCCCCCCCAAGUUGUUGGACUCAUCCCUGGCUUGGGGCCAGUGGGAAUUGGAGUUGCAACAUCGGGUGGGUCACAGGUUUGCCGUGGUCUAAGAAGAUGCAUUCUCUAGUGCAUGCAAGCGAUGGAAGAAUCCUUCUGUUCAGGACAGGCGCUUCCUCCUGGGAAUGGAGAAUGCCCCUCCUUGCAGCAGGGGCAGGGGGAAUUUGCAUCCCUCCAUAGAUCAUUGGCGGAAGGCCUCUAUUCGCAAGAUGCAUUCCCUCCUGAGGAAGGAGAAUGCCCCUUGGAAGAUAUCUUCAUGCUUGCUGGGAAUGCAAAAUCAUAGAUAUAUUUUGGACCGGGCUCUUCGAUUUUCUCUCCGAAAUUAUUAAACAUCCUCCUUUGCCAGUACCAGCCUUAGCUUUCACUAAACCCAGAUUCUGACCCCACCACCCAGCAUAAAGAUUUACCGUAUUUUUUGCUCUAUAAGACUCACUUUUUCCCUCCUGCAAAAGUAAAAAGGGGAAAUGUGUGUGAGUCUUAUGGAGCAAAUGCAGGCUGCGCAGCUAUCCCAGAAGCCACAACAGCAAGAGGGAUUGCUGCUUUCACUGCGCAGCGAUCCCUCUUGCUGUUCUGGCUUCUGAGAUUCAGAAUAUUUUUUUUCUUGUUUUCCUCCUCCAAAAACUAGGUGCGUCUUGUGGUCUGGUGCAUCUUAUAGAGCAAAAAAUACGGUAUAUAUUUUGGAAACCGGCUCUUCGGUUUUCUCUCCGAAAUUAUUAAACAACCUCUCUUGCCAAGCCCAGCCUUAGCCCUGCUUUCACAAAACCCAGAUUCCGAUCCUACCACCCAGCAUAAAGAUUUACCGUAAUUCUUUUUCUACUGGUAGCUGCACACUUAGUGAUAGCAGAUCCCUGGAAAUCCCAGGUGUUACAACUUCUUGAGAUGUGGUUCAAUAAUAUUAGUUCGGAACGACGAACUGGGCUUGGAAGAGUUGCAAAUGGGGUUAUAAAGGAAAAUAAAACCUGGUCUCCCUUCUUUUCAUAUGAAAGGAGGUGGGGCGAGAAAAUAAAGCUCUCCCACCAGCCUCACAAACCUGUCUGUGGAGGACCUAAAAUGACCAUGUAAAAUGACAUUAGCCUGACACCUGCUUCAUAGAAUACAGGCAGGCAGUUGGAAAACUUUUGUAAUGUCUCAGGUUUUAAUCAAGACAUUGUGGCUGGGGUUUUUUGGAACCGCUUUGGAAAUGCUCUUGUUACUGCUCUGUGUGUUGCUUUGUGCUGCAGUCUCUGCUUUAUUGAAUUUAAUAAAAACAAAAUUAAGGGAAGGAAGGAAGGAAGGAAGGAAGGAAGGAAGGAAGGAAGGAAGGAAGGAAAUGCCUCUUCUUAGAUCAAGGAUCAGUGGCACUCUCAUUUUUGCAGAGCUCCAACUCCUGCCAUUCCCAGCUCCCGGCCAUGUGGGCUUCUGGGGCUACUGGAAGUUGCAGUCCCUGCAAUAUAAUGAGGGCCACAGGGCCCCACCUUGGCCCUUCGGACAUUGCAGAGGUCAACAAUGCCACGUCCACACACAGGCGACAAGCCCCAGGCAGUUUGGGGGAAGCAGAACGCAGCAGUCCUGCCCCCCUUUAGAAAGAACUGGCUGGUGGGGGCUCUACAGGAUUCCCAUUAGGUGGUGGCACCAAGACUUUGGAACUCACUGCCACUUGAUAUCAGGCAGGAACAUCCGCGGUACUCUUUGCGGUGCCUACUUAAAACAUAUUUGUUUAGGGAGGAGUAUCCCAACACAUAUUAUUAUUAUUAUUAUUAUUAUUAUUAUUAUUAUUAUUAUUCCACCCAUCUGGCUGGGUUGCCCCAUAAACAUUGAUGUGUUUUGAUCUCCUUUUAGUGCUGUCGCUCAUAUUUUUCGCUCUAUAAGACGCACCAGACCACAAGACGCACCUGGUUUUUGGAGGAGGAAAACAAGAAAAAACAUAUUCUGAAUCUCAGAAGCCAGAACAGCAAGAGGGAUCGCUGCGCAGUGAAAGCAGCAAUUCCUCUUCCUGUUCUGGCUUCUGGGAUAGCUGCGCAGCCUGCAUUCGCCCCAUAAGACGCACACACAUUUCCCCUUACUUUUUAGGAGGGAAAAGGUGAGUCUUAUAGAGCAAAAAAUUCAGUACCUUUCAAAUGCUUUUAGCCAUUUUCAAAACUGUUUCUACCAGUAAAAUUUAAUGUUUCUUGCACACCACUUAGAGGUUUUUGUUACAACCCAGCGAUAUAAGAAUUUGGUUGAAGAAAUAUAAAGAAAUAAAGAAGCCUGUUAUAUCCUCUGUUUUUUCCUCUUCCCCCCUCUCUCUCUCUCUCACACACACAGAUACAGUUUGACAACGUAAGUCAGGCGUUUUCACGAAUGUUUUGGAGCAAAGUUUUCUGCAGCGACGAAAAUUUGAGCGCGGGAAAUGGAAGAUUUUGCCCCCUUCUGCAAGGCCCCCUUGGCUGCGCCCCGUGCAACACUCUUGCGAGGAAGGCAGUGGCAGGAGUCCCCCUGACGGACAGCAGAGGGGCAGCAGUUUCCCAAAAAGACCAGCUGGGGGGCUCUGGGUUGGCCCCCGAGGUGGGAAAAAACAACACCACACCACUUUUGUCCAGGUUGCCAAAAGUGAAACAAUGAGCAGCUGAAUCCACGUAAGGGAGACCCACCUGGAGGUGCAAGAUGAGCUGGGGUAGCUCAGUGGGCAGAAGACGAGUCUCUUAAUCUUAGGGUUGUGGGUUCAAGUCCCACACUGGGCAAAAGAUUACUGCAUCGCAGAGGGUUGGACUAGAUGACCCACAUUGUCAUGUGUGUUUGUUUGUGUGUAUGUAUGCAGAAUAUGUGUGUGUGUGCGCAUUAAGAUCCUCAGAAAUUAUUUUGCUAGGAACUCUUUUUUUUACUUAAGAUUUUUUAAUUAAUUUUUCAAAACUUUAACCAAUUAAUUUCAAUUUUCUAUUUUGUUAUACAUUUCUCUUUUGAUUUGACUUUCCGCCUUUUAUUCCAUGCUGUUUUUCAUACCAAUCCCUUUCACAAAUAUAGUAUCACACAUUUCAUCUAAGACAGAUUCCUCCAUUUCAUCUAUUAUCAUUUUCUUCCCGUUGCUCAAAUUUUAAAUCCUGUUUGUGAUAUCAUUUGGUUAUGAUAUCCCCCCCCCUUCAAAUAAUCCAAAAUUUCAGUGUGGUUUUUUUUAUUAGCUGGGAACUCUUCCAGGUGAUUUUUUAAACACCUGGCUGCUGUCUUCACAGGAACCCAGGCGAGUGGUCAAUGGCACUGAAGCAACUCCCGGGAUUUAGGUAGGCGCCCGUUUCCUUGAAAGCCAUUGGAAAAACUAAGGUACUCCCCCACAAAACAUAGAGCAACAGUUGCGGGUGGGGAAAUAGCGGCCGGGAGAAUCAGUUUGUGGGAGAGGGGGAGGCUUAUAGAUUAAAUUAACGAAUAGCUGCCGAGAUGAUAUAGCAGGGACUCAGUCCUAGAAAGGAGUGGCCCCUUUUUGGGAUAAUUGUUCCGUUCCAGGAAGCGGCGCCAGAGCUGAAGUGAAGACAGGACGGCCAUCCUGUCAGGGAUGUUGUGCUUUCCAGGAUUUUUCUCUGUGCUUUACAGAUUUACUCUGGGAUUUUAUGUUGCAUCCUGCAUUCAACAAGGGGGCUGGGUUACCCCUUGAGGUGCCUUUCAACGCCUAUCGAUUCCUGCUAAUGCAGGAUUGCAGCAGCUAAGGAGGUGUAAACCUGGAAUAAUAAUAAUGGUUUUUAUUAUUAUUAUUUAUACCCCGCCUAUCGGGCUGGGUUUCCCUAGCCGCUCUGGGCGGCUUACAGCACCUACAGGGUCCACAAGAGGGAGGCAGAUACAGGGGGAAGGGAAGGAAUUGGGACCCACAGCAUCAAUGUGUUCAAGAAACCACCAAGAACAUUUUUAGAGCAUUGCAGUGGGGGUCUCUUCCAACUGUACAAUUCUGUAUUUCUCUCCCCCUCCCCCUUAUCUUUCAGCCACUGCACAUCUACAAGGUAAACAAGCAGCCGCGAGGAAAGAUGGACGGGAUUUGCUGAGCUGAAAGUUGUUGUUUGUGGCUGUGCAUGCACACGACAUUUUCAAAAAUGGAUUCCCUCAGAGAGAGUCCCAAAGACAGCUGUAGUUUGCCCCUUGCAAAGCAAAGAUUCCCAGCGCCCUUAUCCUAAUGCCAUAAUGCUGCAAGUCUACGGUGUGGCCACGUUUUGAAUGCCCUGUUCCGUUCUGGUCACCUCUCCUUGAAAAGGAGAUUGUAGAGCAGGGGAAAGUUCAGAAAAGGGGCAACCUGAAGGAUCGAUGGGAUGGAGAAAGGUUGCAGCAUUUGGUGCUUUUUAGUGCAGAAAGGGGACGCGGGUGGCGCUGUGGGUUAAACCACAGAGCCUAGGACUUGCCAAUCAGAAGGUCUGCGGUUCGAAUCCCCACAACGGGGUGAGCUCCUGUUGCUCGGUCCCUGCUCCUGCCAACCUAGCAGCUCAAAAGCACGUCAAAGUGCAAGUAGAUAAAUAGGUACCGCUCCGGCGGGAAGGUAAAUGGCGUUUCCGUGCGCUGCUCUGGUUCGCCAGAAGCGGCUUAGUCAGAAGCUGUACGCCGGCUCCCUCGGCCAGUAAAGCAAGAUGAGCGCUGCAACCCCAGAGUCGGCCACGACUGGACCUAACGGUCAGGGGUCCUUUACCUUUACCUUUAGUGCAGAAAGGGGUUACGUGAGAGUUCACGCAUCAUUUGGAGAAAGCAGAUAGAGGGAAGUUUUUCUCUGCCUCUCAGAACACUUGAACUUUUAGAUAUCUGACAAAGCUUGGAGGAUUCAGGACUGAUGAAAGUCCUUUGUCACACGGCACAGUUGAACUGUGGAACUCACUGCCACUGGAAGGCUUUAAAGGAGGAUUAGACAAAUUCAUGGCCAUCGAUGGCUACUAGCCAAGGUGGCUAUGCUCUGCCCGCCAUGAUUGGAGGCAGUAAUGCUUCGAAUAACACAAGAGAGGGGAGGGCUCUUGUGUUCAAAUCACGCCUUUGGGUUUCCCAAACGCAUCUGGUUGGGCACUGCAAGAAGAGGGUGUUGGACUAGACAGGCCAUCUACUAUUCCAGCACGCUCAGGCAGAAAAUCGUGCUCUUCCUUAUUCAGUUCACUAAUGAAUUGCUUCCCACGAAGCAUCUGGAAGUGAGUCGCAAUGCAAUGAUUGUUAACGUACAUAAAAACAGCUUAAAACAAUCACACUUUGAAACUAUGAUAAAUAUUGUUACACGCCACUCCAAUCUCUUGAGCAGCGAGAGAUUCCAGGGGUUCCUGCAUCUACCCAGGGCUCAGUUUCCCUGGAAAGGAGGUCAGUAGAAUCCCACUUCUGACACCAGUGUUGCACACACCCAAAUCUCCAAGUGCUGAGAGACUCCAGGGGUUCUGGGCACUAACUCAGGGUUUGGCCUCCUUGAAAUAAAGGCCAGGGGAGACAGUGGUGUCUUUAGCAGUUUUGUUUUUUGUCGACACAUGUAUACAACCGGCACAUGGCGUUGAACUUAACUCCGUGUCUUCCUCUGUUUCCGCAGACCAGAGAACCUGAACUUUACGAGUAAGUUUCCAAAACUUUUGUCUUGGGUGCUGGAGGGGGCAUGGCUUCACGACUUAUGGGCUGAUGUGAAAUAGAGGUAUUCUCUUCCAUUAGCAAGGAAGACCUCUUCUUAGAUCAAGAAGGAUAAAACAUCUCUGGCCCAUCCAAAGUUGCUGGAAUCUCACCUCCUGUCCUCCCAGACCACGUGUGAGAUGGGAGUAAUGGUUCCAUCUUAAAGAGGCAUUCCCUUUCGAGGGAUUGUGCCUCUUCUUCAAAAAGGGACAUAGGAACCCCUGUGGCUGCCGACUCCUGGCAAACAGCCACCAUCCAGCGAGCCCAAAAAUCAGGAAUGGUCCUCCAACACCUAGGGAGGCCAUAGGUUCCUAAUCUGUUAUGCCACCAUGUUACAGAGAUGGAAAGGUGGAGUCAGAAGGGCGCUGCACGCCGGUUUUAGGGACAGCAGCUACAAGGGGGGUCUCUAAUGCCUGCUUUGUGUCCCCUAGGUAUAGAAAGCACCCUCUCCAAAAACUGGCUCAACUUGAUGGCGCUGAAGGAGCUUGAGGGAGAGACCCCCGUUCUCCAGCUCCUCGCUCCGAUCUGCUGAAUUAUUUUCUUUUCCACAAUGUUCUAUGGAGAGCCCACUUUGAUGUAAUAAAAUUAUGGAAUAGAGAGACCCCUGCAGUUUGGUGAUGUGGAGCCUGGUUGUAUCAGAAAGAUGGUCUCAUUGGUUUUACACACAGCCAGGAAUCUGGUAGAUCCCUCCCAACUACAUAUGAAAUGGUCUGGGUCUUUUGAAAGGGAAAAUGGGAUCAACUGAAAAAGGGGUUUGAUGGCUCAAGAAAAAACGAAAUGGCUCAAGAAAAAACGAAAUGGUG